UUUUAAAAGCCAAACCAGUGUCCGACCCGACCCGUUCACCUUCUAGAACUCUGCAGCUGCUGUGAUGAAUUAAACGAUACAUUCAGAGGUAACUUCCUUCUUUUCAUAAUUGUUGUUCGAGAUAAUGGGGGAAGAAGCAAUUAAAAACCCAAAUAAUUCAAAUCGCAUAACAAAUGACCAAUUUCUCAACUGGAAGCGUCAAAAGGAUGCCGAUGCAUCAGCUAGAAAGGCUGAAGUGGCAAGAAAGCGUGAAGAGGAUAUAGCUUCAGGGGCAGUGCAAAUGAACGGGCGUGAAUUAUUCUUGCACGAGCCUUGGGUGUUUGAUAACACCCUGUACUGAUGUUGUUUACCAGUACUCGGCAGCGCGUUGGAAAGAUGGUUAAAAUCCUGGUUUUGCUCCAUUUUUCUUUUGAGGAAGCAAGAAAAAAGUUGAAAAGAAUCUUCCAUUCACAUUUUCUGUAACGUUUAUUAAACGACAGGUUUAGUCAGUAAACCUGUGCUUUGCGUGAAUCUGUAAUGAUUAUACUCAGUGGUUUUUUUCUCGUAACCUUGUCAGACAACUAAAAUGAUUUUCCUUGUGAUUUAUCCUCUUGCAUUUUGGAAUCUAUAUUGGCUUUUACCUAGAA